AUGUGGUGGUGUUUUGCGACAAUAAUUUUGGUCCUCCGCGCCAGCGCGGAGUACUCCAGGGUGGAGCUCGCCGACCUCGACAGACCGAUCCCAGUCGUCUCCGUCAGCGGGGUUGCUGGGAAGAAGGCCCAGCUUCCUUGCGACAUCCAGUCGGACACCAACGACGGGAUCAACAUGGUCUUGUGGUUCAAAGAGGACGUUGGAGAACCCAUUUACAGCUUCGACUCCAGAGGCCGCCGGCAGUUCAGCAACGCUAGGCAAUGGUCCUCGCCGAUGGCGUUGGGGGCCAGGGCCUACUUCAUCACUGCCACCAAACCGGCGCACCUCAGCAUAGACAGACUCGAGAUCGAGGACGAGGGCACCUACAGGUGUCGGGUGGACUUCGAGAACAGCCCGACGAGGAACCAGAAGAUCAACCUCACCGUCAUCGUUCCCCCGGAUAGGCCUGUAAUCUUGGACGGGACCACGAGGGACGUGUCGAGGAUAGAGGAACCCUACAACGAGGGCAGCGACGUGAACCUGAUCUGCGAGGUGCGGGGUGGCAAGCCGCCCCCCAGGCUGAUCUGGUACCUGGAGAACACCGUGAUAGACGAGUCUUAUCACUACAAGAUCGACACGGGGAUGACGGUGAACCACCUGUCCUACCCCAACAUCGGCCGGCAACACCUCAAGGCUCGGCUGGUCUGCCAGGCGAGCAACACCAACAUGGUUCCACCUCAGACCAGGCUUCUGAUUCUCGACGUUAAUCUUCGACCGCUGAUAGUGCAGAUCCUGACGAAAGAGGCGCGGGUGUCCGCUGAUAAGACCUACGACGUGGAGUGCCGGACGACCGGGUCCCGUCCGGAGGCGCUGAUCACCUGGUGGAAGGCCAAUAGGCAGAUCAAAAAGAUGGUACAAAACUUUCCGCCAGAGAACAACCAGAGCCUCAGCAUCCUCACCUUCAUCCCGGCGAUAGAGGAUGACGGAAAGAACUUGAAGUGCAGGGCCGAAAAUCCGGCCAUCCCGGACAGUGCCCUGGAAGACAAGUGGAGGCUGGAUGUCCAGUACCAGCCGAUCGUCACCCUGAAGAUGGGUGUCACGUUGAACCCCGAGGACAUCAAGGAAGGCGACGAUGUCUACUUCGAGUGCAUCGUCAAAGCCAAUCCCAAGGCCUACAAGCUCGCCUGGUUCAAGGACGGUAAGGAGCUGAAGAACAACGCCACGGCUGGGGUCGUCCUAACCGAUCAUUCGUUGGUUCUUCAGGGCGUCACGCGGAACUCCGCGGGGGAGUACACCUGCCUGGCUGCCAAUAGCGAAGGAAAGACAGCCAGCAACCCUGUCCCCCUUCAAGUCAUGUACGCGCCGAUCUGCAAAGAAGGGAAGAGCGAGGUGGUGGUGGGCGCCCUGAAGCAGGAGACGGUGUCCCUGAUGUGCUCGGUCGAGAGCCGGCCUCCUCCUUUGACUUUCCACUGGACCUUCAACAACUCCGGGGACCUGGUGGAGGUGCCGCAGUCUCGUUACUCUCACGCCCUGGCUGCAGGGACCCCCAGCGCUGCGGACAGCCUCAAGGAGUACCAGCAGUUCCACGGCUCCCGACUCAACUACACCCCGACCACGGAAAUGGAUUACGGAACGGUGGCGUGCUGGGCCAGCAACCAGGUCGGCAGGCAACGAGCACCCUGCCUGUUCCAGGUUAUAGCAGCUGGCCGGCCGUAUCCGCUGCACAAUUGCAGUGCCACGGAGAUGUCAUCGGCCUCGGAGCUGGAGGAGCUGGGCUCGAAGUCGGGCAGCGGCCUCACCGUCCGUUGCCUCGACGGAUACGACGGAGGCUUGCCGGUCCACAGCUACCAGCUGGAGGUCCUCGCCGAAGACGUCGAGGGUGGGACCGUUACGCGCAACGAGACCAUCCCUGCCGGCUCCAAUGGGGCACUUUUCGACGUGGGGGGACUCUCCACCGGGAGGAGCUACAGACUCUAUCUGUACGCCGUCAACGCCAAGGGCAGAUCGGAACCUACGGUCCUGGAGCCGGUGACCCUGAAGGGGGUCGCGAUGUACACCACCGGAAAUACCGACGCGGCAGUCCUGAGUCCCUUGUUGCUGGGUCUCGCUGCCACCGCCACGUUGCUGGCUCUGGCCGUGGCCGGGAUUUUGGCGGCUCUUUACCGGAAGCACUCGAACACUCGAGGAGGAAGUCCAAAACACGCACCGAUCGUGUGCGAGCCACCCCAUGCAGGUGCCACGACACCUGUGCAUCCCCAGACCAAGCAAGCGGUGGACGACAUCGACCCCGACAUCAUCCCGAACGAGUACGAGAGGAGGCCCUUGACGUACACCCCCGUGUACAAAACUCCACCUCAGAGGAGAAGGAAAGAGCGCGGGGAGGACUCCUCCCCGGAGAAGAAGCCGAUCGUCCAGCCAAAUUUGGAUCUGCAUCCCGAUCCGAGGCUGGAGGAUCAUUCGACCUCUCCUACGGUCGAUUAUUCUCGCAACCACAUCGCACAGCCAAACACCUACAGCCAUCCACCGACGAUGGCCGACUUCAAGCAGAUGGCGAUGGACGCCUACAACCAGCGCAACAACCAAAACGUGUAUUACAGCCUCCAGAGAUCGGGCAAAGGACUGCCAGCGUCGAUGCAGAGGCCGGUGUCGUCUUCCCUGUCGGCCCACGGGAAGUUCCACCAGCCGGAAGUGGUGACGCGAGCCAAUAGGAUACAAGAAAGCUGUAUAUAAUCCCAAGGGAGUCCCCCAGGACCUGGGUCUGGAAAAACCUCAGGGCCAAGGGCAGUAAUCGGCCCUUGGGACGCGUUAAUCCAAUCCUGGAUCGAGACGACCUCGGCAGGAUACCCCACGUUGGGCAAGGAGACGAAACAAAGGCUCCCUAAAAGAGUUACGAAAAUCUGCCAGGUUUCGACUCACGUUGCGGAAUAGUGCAUACAAAAAAUCUCGACGGAGAAGCUAAGCUUCUCCGAGGAAAUCGGGAAACGUCCGCAAAGUGCGUCGAAAUUUGGCGUUCCCGGUGUAUCCUGUAGUCGUGCGUCUUGGGCUUGAGAAUUUCUGGACUCUUUCCAUUCACUGUACAAACUAACAAAGCUAGGAGGCUCCUCCAGGAGUGCGACUCGAGCGGAAAUCGGAUCCGCCCUCGAGAAGCCUCCGCGGAUUCGAGGGUGGAGGAACGAGGGGGAUGCCUAGGGGGCGCGUAAGUUUAACCGUUUAUACGAGAUUAAUUUUUGUACAGAGAUCAAAGAUAUUGUACAUAGGCCUAAGUCUGACCUAGGGUAGCCGUGUUACGUCCGAAUUCACGAAAAAAUCUGUACGUCGACCGAGGCUCUCGGAGCGGCCGGGG